CUCAGUAUCGCAUUGUGCUCUUUAGAAGAAAUCGCCGAGAAAGCAUCGAAGCAGUAGAAAUGGGAUUUUCAGCCCUCACUCGCAGGACAUUAUCGCGAAAACCCCUGAAUUUGAGAUCAUAUCGCAAACCGCCUGCGUACUUUCAGUCACGACGAGCCAAAUCAUCGCAAAAAAACACUUCGAACCACAACGAGCCUCUCCCAUCCGCCAACUUCAGAGACCUCGGUGCCAGCAGAACUGUAAAGAUUGUCGUCUUCACCUUUUUAGCAAUUGCUGGGACCUUGGAAAUGAUCACUUGGACGAAAUUGCUGUGGGCAAAGUUUGGACCAUCGGCAGAGGAUGACACUGUGGACAGCGGUUCGGACACGAAGAAAUGAGCGAAAGGGCGAGCAGGAUUCAAUGAGAAGGAUGUGAGCGGCUCUGCGGAUGCAUGGCCUCGCGCUCGGCAUUUGGCGUAUCUGGCGGACAUAUUGGUGAAGGAAGAUGGACUCCUCUCCGUUGCGUCGUUCCUGGGGAAGGGGAGUCAGGUUCAGGUCGAGAUGCUGUGAACUCCCAUACAAGACCCAAGUAUUAUACUCAAUAUACUCACUCUCCUCAAGUGAGUUAAAGCAAAAUUGACUUUUGUUUCGUUUUCAAAAGACUUUUGCAUAUCUCGAGGGACUUUCGCAUAACUGUUCCUCGACAAUUUGGCACAACUCACCCAUUUGGCUUGCGGUUUGAAGCAAGCGGAGGACUGCUCAAGAUGCUACAAAAUCCUCAUUCUCUAUCUCUUCCUCGACAAGAAUUUCGAUUCGCAGAUCCUAGAAUAGAUUGAUGAGGUUCAUCAUGG